CCCAUCUGAUACAAGUUUUUGGCACGGACGUGUUCUGAGCUAAACGCGUUGUAAGGUAAAGAUACCAUGGCUCAUAUUCUCAUCUCAUUUACGACUAACCGCCAGGGAUUAUAAAAGUCUCUCAAUCUGGAUUUUUGUGACUCGUACGUAGUUUAUACUCGUUUCUUUCCAUGACGAGGUAGGAAUAGAGGCAAGAUGAAUCUAUUAUCUACAUCAAGACUGCUUCUGUUGGUGGGAGUCUUAUAUUGGACGGCAGCAGAGGCGGCUAAAAAGAAAAAGGGUGAAUCUUCACGGUCAAGUAGCCGAAAAAAAUAUGACCGAUCGCAGCCACCUGAUAAUGAGAAUUCCACAGUGGUAGAAGUCAGUAUUUUUGUGAAUAGAAUUACUCAAGUUGAUGAAAAGAAUAUGGCAUUUACAGUCGACAUGAACUUCCGGCAGACGUGGUUCGACCCAAGACUGCAGUUCACGCCUACCCCGGGCCGUAAGGAUGAGAUGAAACUCCUUGAUGAAUCCACCCAGAAAAACGUUUGGAAACCUGACACAUACUUCAGGAAUCUCAUUGGGGUGAAGACGUACAAUGAACCUACCUCACAGAAACUAUUGCGAUUGUACAAUAAUGGCCGGCUAUGGUCCGCGCAGCGAAUGGAAGCGACUUUCCAUUGUGCCAUGGGAUUCGAGAGGUUUCCAUUCGACUACCAGAUGUGUCCUAUCAACAUCGAGAGCUUUGCCAACACCAUGGACACAUUCGGUCUCAUGUGGACACCAACUCUAGCCAAGCCAGUGCAAUUAAGUGAGACCGUCCGAGUGCCAAAUUUUGUUAUAGCUGCUACACUGCUGAUCGACUGUACUAAAAAUUACACUGUGGGAACCGCGUCCUACCCGUGCCUCCGGGUUGAGUUCCUGUUUGACCGUGACCUUGCCCUUUACAUCAAGGACUUCUACAUCCCUCAGAUCCUUCUCGUGGUCGUCUCAUUCAUCUCCUUCUUCAUCAAAAUGGACGCCAUAUUGGCCAGAAUGACCCUCCUCAUCGUGACGUCAGUGACCAUGGUUGCGCACGCUGUCUUCUCCACGUUCCGCCUCUCACUGCCAAGUGUGCCUUACUACACAGCCCUUGACAUUUGGAGUACAGUGUGUUUUGCAUUUAUUUUCCUCACCAUCAUCGAGUUUGCAUUGGUUGCUGGGUUUUCAAGGAAGAAACCUGCAGUUCACUGUGAGAACAACUCUAACAGUCUGGCAAUGGACCACGAGAAUUCGUACGUGUUCCAGGGCGAAUCGACCAAGAGACGCAGCUACAGUAUCGGUCAGAAUGACAAGACUUCUCAGGCAGGACGGAGAAUCGACAUGGUUUCGAGGGUAUUCUUCCCUCUUGCUUUCAUUGGCUACAACAUCAUCUACUGGAUUUUCUUUUUACUGAUUGGACAACCAACGUAUUAGCGCCACCUAUAUGACUUUUUGGGAAUAUUGUCUUUUCGCACACUUCUCGGCAGCUGGAUUAGGUUUGCGGAUUGUGACUCCUUUAAAAGGAAUACCUGGCGAGAGGUACAAUCCAUCGAGUCGGCCGUAUUUGUUCUUGUGCAAUAGAGGGAAGUGUCUAGUGUCCGCUGAUUGGCCCUGAAAGGUCAGAUCAUGCCGACAGGUUGUUUGAUACUCAUGGGGUUUGCUCAUGGAAUUACGGCCUAAACGGCCGAGGUGGAGUAUUAAGUCUUGUGAAAAAGUAGUUAAUAUAAGGUAACAAUGGAGUUUGAUGAUUGUAUUAAAAUGUGCGCCAGUAUCCGAUUUACCCAGGCUGCUGGUUGUCUUCCUUGGGCGGAUUUAGCCUGUCAGAUCAAUUUUGGGGUAUCCUGACACACCCUGUCUGGUGUUCGGGAAGUAAACUGCUGUGUUCUGAACUGCUUAACUUUUGGCAUUUCGGAUGAUUGAGUUAAGAGACAUUUAGACAGAACUGGACAUUGAAUAAAACUUCUAUUUCUAGUAGAACAUUGAUAGCGUCAGUGCUCAAAGAGAGAGAACCAUGACAUUUUAGUGAAAUUUUGUAGUUUAUUAGUGCAAAUAGUUGUCAGUAUAAAUUGUGACUGUUCAUUUCAUGUUGGUGCUAUGACUUAGUAUUGAUGACAGUUGUUGGGCAUUUCGUUAACAGAAAAUGUCCAUUUUGUUGUUGACAUCAACCAGAGGUGACCUGUGUUUAUUGAGACUGGGUGUGUAUUCUAACAUUGUUGAAAACAUACCCGUGUUACAUCAAAUAAAAGUGUUCCCUUUUAUUGAUUGGAAAACAUGAUCAUUUCGCCAGUCGAAGGGAGACACAGAUAGAUGGAGACAGUUGCGAGCAAAGACUGUGAGAUGUUACACCGGUCUGCGUGGUGUAUAACUUGCGUCACUGUGCCGUUUCCCUUUGCCUGCACGCGGUUCGUUGUAAAUCUUGUGCCGGUUCAAAAACUAUGUAAUCCUUUUCUACUAAUAUAUACCGUAGUAUCAUAUGAACCCAGUAUUAAACUCAUAUUCCAUAAGAAUUCUCUC